AUGGAUAUUAUUGGCGCUGUGGGCAAGAUUAUAUCUCUCAUUGAAACAGGCAUCCUCGGUAAACAGAUGAGAUCGGCUACCGUCACUGAAGCCAGUUUCUAUGAGCAGGCAUCUCAAGUCUUCACCUCGGAACGGAAGCUUUCUAUUAUUCCGUCAAGAUUGACAAAAGAUCUCCAAGAAAAGGACUUGAAAGCCAACGCAAUAGCCAAAUCAGACCCUGGAACUUUCGGUUGGAUGACUCAGGGUUCUGAUUACGGCCACGAAUACCCCGAUAAUCUAAACGACAAGGAAAGAUUGGUUUAUGAUGAAUGCGAUCCAGAUAUGCUCAAACAUCAUGUAGAAGCCUCGGAUAACUUUCGAUCUCUCCUACAGGGACCGUCUGGGGCAUUCCUCAUAUUGGGGAAGCCUGCUUGUGGAAAGUCAACGCUUAUGAAACAUCUCAUGAGCAACUCGGUCGUCUUGGAAGACCUCGAACAAUGGGCUUCAAAGACGGGCAAGAGUCUGAUACGAGCAAUCUUCUUCUUCUCUGUGACACAAGGCAGCGGCGCAUGA